CGAGACAUCUGUCCUGAAACGCCUCUCUCUCUCUCUCUCUCUGUCUGUCUCUCUUCUACACUUCUUCUCAGCUGCGGUUUCACUUCUCUCUCUGCUUCUUCUCUUCUUGGCAGCAAGUUUUCCGAUUUUUAUCUGGUUCGCUCUCGUGCCGGAACCACAACCUACACCAUGGUAUCGCCGGAAAUGGCGAUAGUGUCGUCGAACAGCGAGCCGCCGAAGCAGGCUCGGGGGGUGAAGCUGGAGUCCCUGGACGUGAUAGACAUGAGCGGACUCUCACAGUCGGAGCUGCAUGCGCUCUCUCUCUGCUCCGACUCGGCAUUCGACGCCCGCCGCACAGACGAUUUGGUGGUGCCUCCAAUUGACCGCUCAAUUUUCAACGAGAGCGCCGCGACUCACGGCCCGACGUACUCGUCCUCCGCCGUCGGCCACCGCCGCCGACUAGCCGACCUUCCCAUGGAUGACGCAGAACGUGCGGAGAACAAGUUAAUCGUUGAUUUCUUAAAACAGCUUCUUGGAAAAGGUGAAAGUAGUCAAUUGGUCCAGCCGUCCCCUACAUCCCCACAAGCCGUUGUUUCCGGCGAUUCCGAGGCGUUUCCUCAACCUAUGAAUGUAGAUAAUCAAGUAGGAUCAGGCGAGCAGGACAUGCAAAUUGUUCCCUAUGUCGGCGAGAUUAAGAAGCGAGGGCGGGAACCGGAGCCCAGGGCCCCGGAGGUCGGCGGAGACGUUCAAAUGCAGUUGGUAAACGAGGACGGAGUGCCUGUUGAUCUGGAAGCAUUGGAAAAUGGGGAUGAAUUUUACGCCUCGGAGUUGAGGAGGAGAACUGUCGGGUUGGAGAGUCAGGGGGAUUUUCUGGGGUUUUUGAGUAAUUUAGGAGGAGUUUGGGGCAGUCGAAGGAAGAGGAGAAAAAUUGUCGAGGCCAGUGAGCUCGGCGGCGCAUUGCCCGAAGGAUGGAAGAUAAUUCUUGGCCUUAAGAGACGACAAGGCCGCGUCUCCGUAAUCUGCCGCCGAUUCCUAAGCCCCGAUGGAGAACAGUUUCUGUCGUGCAAAGAGGUUUCUUCGUUCUUUCAGUCUUAUGUUGGGAUUAGUGGUGCAAGCGAAUCAUUGACUCAGCCGGAGGGCGACAAUCAGCAAGUUCAUGGUGUGGGUUCUGAAGAACGUGCAGGUUUUGUUCACAAAAAUGAUGAUGUAAAGAGAGAAAGCAAUCCCAGUUCAAUCUUACCCAGUCCGUCUAUACCUAUUGUACAAGAGAAGGGUUUUGAUUCGAGGGGAAUUGAUAAUCUGCCCGAGGUUCAAGUUCAGCAUCUUUUUGAGUGUGACAAAUGUAACAUGACCUUUAAUGAAGGGAACUCCUUUGUGAGGCAUCUGAUGUCAUUUCACCAGAGGAUUACGAGGAGGUACAACCUUGGUUUGUCAACGGGGGAAAAUCUGAUACCUAAAGAAUGUGAAAGUGGGAUCUUGCAGAAGGGAUUUCAGGAAAGGCAGAGUCUUCACACCAACGUGGGAAUCCAUACAAGGAAUGACAAUGGAAGUUCUGGAGAAUUGCCAGUUCAGACUGUGGUUCAGAAGAACAUUCAACCUCCUCCUCACAAUGCAUUGCCAUCAAGGAUCUCUAAAAUGGAUGCUUUGGUUGAAGUUGCCCACAAUACUAUUUUGGAGACUACCUUUGCUGAAUUUCAUGAUAAAGCCAAGAUUUCCUCAUCCGACAAACUGAAAGGAGUUUCUACUCCAGAUACUGGUGCUGCCAGUUCUGGUCAUAACGAGCUGAAAAUGGAAACUUGCAAGACCAAGAGUACACCAGAUCAAAGCUUUAACAAGCAUGGGAUCGACUGUGUAAUGACUGAUUGUGAAGCAAUGAACAGCGAUCAAAUUUCUCAUGUUGAGAAACAUUUGAGUGUCUUCUGCACUGGCACUCUUGAGCAUCAAAAACAUGAUGAAGCAGAAAAAAAUGGAGACAGUGAAAGAAAAACUUGCAGGAACAGAAAACUUACACCAAGCGAUGAUGUGCAAAGAGGGACAUCAGGUCAAAUUGCCAAUGAAAUUGCCAAUCAGAGUGGGGCUGCUGCUUCUUCAACAGCAGCGACACAGCCAACACCCUGCUUUCCCUCAUUUACUGCUUUCUCAGAUAAGGGAGAAGAUGAAUUUUGUACUGUUGAUCAGAGGGUUUACCAUAUAACCAGCUUUGAUGAUCUGGCAUUGGAUUAUGCAGACUCUCUGAAGUUCAGUUUUCUGAAUGAACAAGAAUCAUCAUAUCUGCCAGGUAUACCGAUGCAUCUAGUAGAUGAUGACGGAACUGGAAAGGGAUUGGAUUCUUCAGAUAGAAUUGAAUCAGAACCAUCCAUGCCAAACCAUUCUGGGAGGCACCAGUUCACAACUGUCUGUGUGUGGUGCAGUAAAGAGUUCAACCAUGAAGCCGUUGACUCGGACACCCAGUCAGAUUCAGUUGGUUAUAUGUGUUCAACCUGUAAAUCCAAAAUAUCUGGACAACUUAACAUACUGGAUGGUGGUUUAUCCAGGGAUUCCCAUCUUUAAUCAAUAUUGUGCUUCCUUUGCUUUGGAGCUCAAGUCCCAUCGAAUUUGUGAAGAGAGUUAGGUAAUAUAAACAACAGCGAGAAGCAUUUUGGAGGGUGCUGUAAAUCUGAUGGCAUGAACUGUGACUUUCGACGCCAAUUCUACCGGGGGAAUGCAAUCAUGCUGGGAACAUCUGAACUCUGCCCUUUAUGUAUCUAUCUAUUCCAGCAAUUGGCUUCAGUUUCGAUAGUACCUGUAACAUAGGGUUUAUGGACCUCAUAUAGAGUUUAUGGAUUUGUUUAUGAGAUGUUAAUAUAACUAUAUGCUUUCUGGGACUUGUUUUAUAAAAUGUUGAUCUAUAAAUGUUGCAUCAUCUCAUAUGGCCGGCCUACCUAUUGUGGCUCACACCACAGAAAUUUAAGGGCAGCAAAGUGGAUCCUAGGCCAUUCAGUUGCCAUAUUGAUGUAAUCCCCAAAGUGUGAAUUUUUGUUACUCUUAUUUGCAGGUCUAUGUAAGAAAAUGAAUGGCU